AAAAAGCACUGCGCCGCGUGCCUCAGUCCAGCCAUGGUGAACAAGAGGACCAAGAAGGCUGGCAUCACCGGCAAGUACGGUGUGCGGUAUGGCGCCUCGCUGAGGAAGACUGUCAAAAAGAUGGAGAUCUCGCAGCACGCGACGUACACGUGCGUCUUCUGUGGCAAGGACUCGAUCAAGCGCGUGGCGACCGGCAUCUGGCACUGCAAGGCCUGCAAGAAGACUGUUGCGGGCGGCGCGUACACGCUCAACACUGCACAGGCUGCGCAGGUGCGAUCGACGAUCCGCCGCCUGCGGGAAGGCACCGAGGUUUAGAGGGCGUGCGCGUAAAGAGUCAUGUGCGUCGGGGGAGGGUGUUGGGCGGCUG